UCGUGACUUGUUGCUUGUGCAGUCUACAGCCCUACGGUUCCGCGAUUUCGUAUUUUCCUAUGGUGUUUAUGCGCUCCAGUUUUGGAUAGCCUUGCAGUUGCACCAGGAAUUGUCGUAUGGCUUGUGUGUGGUGCACUCGUGUACAGCCCGAUGGUUUAGUCGUCUAGAAUCGCCGUCUUGCGUGUAUGUGUGUUCUACUACUGUACAGCCUCGCAGUAUCGUAAUCUGCGAUUGUCGUGUUGUGCCAUCUACUGGAUUGUAGUCCUGUGGUUUAGUAGUCAGGUGUUGUCAUAUGAUGUGCUAGCAGUCUAUAGUCGCGCAGUCUUAGUGUUGAGUCACCUGGUAUAGUCGUGUGUCGUAAGUCUGUACAGUGUACCAACGUCUUGCGGUUUAUUCACCAGGUGUAUCGUCUGGUGCGUGUGUCGUCCGCUUUUGCACAUCCCUAGGACUCGUAAUCUCCUCGUGUUGUGGCUGUGUGUGUGGUGCACUUGCGUGCAGCCUUACGAAACUCGCCUGCACUGUCGCCAUCUUGUGUCUGCGUGGUCUGCCCUUGUAGACUCCUCCUUUGUGAGUCAUGGGUUCCUCGAAGAAGUCGCGGACCAGCAAGAAGAGCAGCCGCCGGAAGCGACGCGAGCGUCGCUUCGAGGAGGCCGCUGCCGGGCCGGAAGAGGAUCCCAAGGCGGUUCUACAGAGUGAGCGACGCGCCCUCUUGUGGGCCACCUUAGCCGCCAUGUUGGGCUUGUUCAUGUGGAUCAUCUGCAUCGGCACCGAGCAGUGGAUAACCGUGGUGGCACCCGAGUCGGGGCCCGUGUACGUGAACCGCACCAAGAGCUUCUUCUUUCACGCCAACAUGGGCCUCUUCCGGAUGUGCCGCACCACUGCGCCGGCGAUGCCCAAUGGCACGCCCGGAGCCGAACAUAGCUCAUGCUCGUUCUUCAGCGUGUUCCCGUCAGAAGAGGCUAUCCGGCAAGACAUGGAAAUCGACCGCACAAUUCUUGAGUACACCCGCUCUGAAGUGGCCUUCUGCACACUGAGCCUGGUCAUGCUGCUCAUGGCCAUCGGUUUCUCGGUGUACACCUUCAAGGAGCACCGCUAUAUGUUCAAGAGGCUCGCCGGGGGAGUGCACUUCAUCAGCGCCGGCGUGAUGAUGGUGGUGAUGGAGGUGGAGAACAACUCGGCCACCUACGAGGAGCGCUACCUGUCCUCCCGGCUGCCCAAGGGUUGCCGCUGGAACUUCGGCUUCUCCUACUACUUCUCCUGGAUAACCUUCUGCCUGUACGUCGUCAUCGGGCUCACCUUCAUAGUGUGCUCGCGCAAACGAAAGGGCCUCCCCGGACUGAACGAUGAGCCGCAGAUCAUCGGCCGAUGACCGCAUCGACACUUUUGCGAAACAACGAUGCUUUCACCGAAGCUUUCCGCAGGCAGCCCGGAACCACCAAGUGGUGUUGCUAUCAACCUGAAGGCUGGGGAGAGCUGAUAGAGGAGUGCCUGGCCGGUGCAAAUGGACGCCGGGCUGGUUUAUCGUCGUAUUUGGCACCCUAGUGUGUGGAAUGUUCGAAGUUCGAAUCUCUUCACACAUCAGAGAUCAAUUGGUGAAACUAGGAGGUGCGGUGGCUUCCCAAGCCUACAAGAAGUGACGAACGUAUGCAGCUUCUACGCUUUCUAGUUCUCCUCAUGGAGAGCAUCAUAUCUGUCCAAUUUCGUCUCAUACGCUUUAGUGCGUCACAAACGCACACAGUCUUUUAGCAAGUUACUGAAAUGCGGUGUACGGAAAUCAUCGGUGGGCUUAAGCCACUCGCACUUGAAUUGACAGUGUGUCACCCUGACGACAGGUUCCUGGUUAUCAAUGCGUAAGCUGACACAUAACAACAAGGCGUGAAAAACCCACAGUAAUUUUUGAAAAAAAAAAACGUUUGUGUUGUUAUUGCGCACUCACUGGCCAAACGUCAACGACUAGAAAAGGAGAAAUGGUACCGUCAUACCACACGGUACAUGCAUACCGUAUUUCCGAAACUUGCUAAAAGACCCCAGCAUCUAUUUACCAUUUGCUUACAACGCCUGUAGUAUGAACAUUCAGUGGAGCCAUAGCGCUGAAAACACAAGAGCCUAGAAAGAAGACAGGACGUGCUCAUGUCUUGUCCUCCUCCUUGGUUUUUGUCUUUUCAGCUCUAUGGCUUUCUUGACCGUGCCAAACCGACUAGCUCGAACUUAUGUACGUUUGAACUAUGAAAAUUUCCAGAGCGGCUUUCUGCCGCUUAGGUAGCACUUUGAUGGGGGCUGGUACAACUGGUAUGGCCAGAACUACACCUUUCGAGAUCAAGAGGUGCUUUGCGACUUGCGCAUUGUAGGACAAAGGUGAAUGCGUCGUGGCAUCGGGAAAAAGACGGAUGGUUUGCACGACUGCUUACUGAAGAGAAAUAUUGUGAAGUGAAACAAUAUUGUUUAAUUUCAAAGGGGCCAUAAUGCGGUAUCCCACCAAAUUGCUGUUUUCAGCGAAAACUAGACGUAGAGGAUGUGCUGUGCCUCUACAUAUAUGAAAAAGCUGUCUGUAAAGGAAUAUUUCGUUCCGAAAUGAGCCUUAGAAGACACCGUCUUUAGACCCCGCCCACCACUGCAUGGCGAUCGCCAUAUUGCAUGGCGUGUGUGAAGUCAUGUGCUUCAUGGAGGGCAUCCGUCAUCUUCUACCUAAGUUGCAGCCGCUGCGAAACGUUCAAGCUGAAUAAAGUUGUAUGUACAGCUGACCACAAAGCACGAUCGUUUCCCGCAAUACAGACGGUCGUAUAGCAAGCGGCUUGUUGCGCCACGGCUGGCGGGUGCACCAGUGUCGCCUGACACUCGGGCCACUCACGUGUUUAUAAAAAUGCUCGUUAUAAAUAAAGUGCCAAACCAAAUGCCCUGAAAUUCCUCCACCAUGCUUGUGAACACACAAGGGUUCACUCAGCUAACACAGAUGAGCGAAAACUGGGUGUGAUGGCUCCUUUGAGAAAUUGUGAACUGUUCCUGCACCCAGAGAGCCUGUCAAAUCGCGUAUCACAGCAAUCUUGCAGUUCGCGUUUCGCUUGUAGCAUGAAUAAAUGCAAGUGGCUGCACUCAUAUGGGCAGCCGUGCGCUGUUAGUCUUGCUGCUGGCCCCUGCGUACGAUGAUUGACGCGUCACUCCCGGGAACAUUGAGGAAUUCCGUAAUUGUGGGAUCUACGACUGUAUAUUUUUUAGGGCCCGAAAUUUUGUUAGGACCAUUAGGACCCGAAUGGACCCUUAGGACCUGAAAGUGUGUUGACUGACUGACUGUUGGAAUCGCCGUCUAGACAGCUCAGAUUGGAGAACAAAGACUGCUGUGACCUCUCCACUUGUCAACGGUGUCGACAUUGAGGAACCGGAUGAGAUGGUGGAACUGGAUGAUGUCAAGCCAGAUGACGAACAUCCACGUACGUCGGCAUGUCACGCUUAGGGAAGUACAAGUGCGAUAACCUUGGCAUGUUGUACACUUUGAAAUAAGAAAUUCUGAAUAAACACAUUUAUGCUA